GCAGUCGAAGUGCUCAUGGUUCCGUGUUCAACCUCUCCAAUUCUUUGGCCUUUUCUUGCCAGUUCCCAUUUGCAUGCCUGCAUAUUUCUGCACUGAGCAAAAAGAAGAGCAAGAUGAUUCAUAAAACCACCAGCAUUCGUAAUUUGAUUCAACCUUCGGCUUUAAGCUCUCUUAUAUCAAAGUUGGGAGCUAGCAGCUAUGCAACUCAGGCUGCAUCUUCUUUACAGCAAGCCUGUGAACCACCAUCUGCCUAUAGCAAUGACGAGUAUGCUGAUAUUGAUUGGAAUGGUCUCGGAUUCAGUGUUAUGCCAACUGACUAUAUGUACAUCAUGAAGUGUCCCAGUGAUGGAUAUUUCCAGCAAGGCCAACUUUGCCGAUAUGGGAACAUUGAGUUAAGCCCUUCAGCAGGGGUAUUAAAUUAUGGACAGGGAUUGUUUGAGGGUACGAAAGUCUACAGGAAAAAAGAUGGAGGCCUCUAUCUAUUCCGCCCAGAUCAGAACGCCAUCCGAAUGCAAAUUGGUGCUGAAAGAAUGUGCAUGCCCUCUCCAUCCAUUGAGCACUUCAUCAAUGCAGUGAAGCAAACUGCCUUGGCUAACAGGCGUUGGAUCCCACCUCCAGGAAAAGGAUCACUUUAUGUUAGGCCUCUGCUCAUAGGAACAGGACCUGUACUUGGUUUGGCUCCAUCACCUGAAUAUACAUUUCUUGUCUAUGCUUCGCCUGUUGGAAACUACUUCAAGGAAGGAACUGCAGCGUUAAACUUAUAUGUGGAGGGUGAGUUUCAUCGCGCUUCACGUGGAGGAGCCGGAGGAGUCAAAAGCAUAACAAAUUAUGCUCCAGUCUUAAAAGCAAUACAUAGAGCAAAGGAUAGAGGAUUCUCUGAUGUCUUGUACCUAGAUUCACUGAACAAGAAAAACAUUGAGGAGGUCUCUUCUUGUAACAUUUUCAUUGUCAAGGGAAAUAUUCUUUCAACUCCAGCAACUAAUGGCACCAUCCUUGAAGGUGUAACACGAAAAAGCAUGAUGGAAAUUGCAAAGGAUCUUGGAUACCAGGUUGAAGAACGUACCAUUCCGGUGGACGAACUAAUCGAUGCUGAUGAAGUAUUCUGCACAGGAACUGCGGUUGGUGUUGCCGCUGUGGGAAGCAUCACAUACAAUGGUAAAAGGACUGAAUACGAGAUCAGCCCCGAUCUUGUCUGCAAGAAACUUUACUCGAGGCUCGUAGGAAUUCAAAGUGGUGCUGUCGAGGAUAAUAGGGGCUGGGUUGUCGAAAUUGAUUAAAAGAUAUGUUCAACUCUGGUUGCUUUAUUGACAUAUUCUGCUGUAAAUAAUCGAAUCAGCAGAUAUUAGUCUUUAUUUAAUUUGUAAAAAUGUCUGUUUCAUACUUGAACAGUCUCUAGUAACUCUGCAGCUUUGAGCUGAGUUAUUCAAGUGGCUAAAAGGAUAAGACUGCCCUGUUAAACUUC